ACAGCUUGUUUUGAGCACCGAGGACGGCACACCCGGAAGUGGCGCCGCGAAGGAGCGGCCUCACGCCGGGCGGGGUUUUCGGUGCCGGGAGGUGGAAGGGAUGCCACGGUCCUCUUCGGCCUUCUGACUUUGACUUCUCUGCACCUUAAACGAUGCUGGAGUCGUAUGUGACUCCAAUUUUAAUGAGCUAUGUGGAUCGCUACAUCAAGAACCUAAAGCCAUCAGAUCUGCAGCUUUCACUAUGGGGUGGAGAUGUGGUUCUCAGCAAGCUCGAGUUAAAGUUGGAUGUGCUGGAACAGGAAUUGAAAUUACCAUUCACUUUUUUAAGUGGACAUAUUCACGAAUUGAGGAUCCAUGUACCGUGGACAAAACUGGGUUCGGAACCAGUGGUAAUCACCAUUAACACAAUGGAAUGCAUUUUGAAACUUAAAGAUGGAAUGCAGGAUGACCAUGAAAGCUGUGGUUCUAAUUCUACCAACCCUAGUACUACUGAGAAUACAAAAUCAUCAGUAAAACCUCGAAGAAUUCAGCAGGCUGCUCCCACAGAUCCUGAUUUGCCACCAGGUUAUGUACAGAGUCUGAUUAGACGAGUUGUAAAUAAUGUAAACAUUGUUAUAAAUAAUCUCAUACUGAAAUAUGUUGAAGAUGAUAUUGUUCUUUCAGUCAACAUAACUUCUGCAGAAUGCUAUACAGUAGGUGAAUUAUGGGAUCGUGCAUUCAUGGAUAUUUCUGCCACUGAUCUGGUGCUGAGAAAAGUUAUCAACUUUUCAGACUGUACAGUUUGUCUUGAUAAACGGAAUGCUAGUGGCAAAAUAGAGUUUUACCAGGAUCCUUUGUUAUAUAAAUGUUCCUUCAGAACUCGACUGCAUUUUACUUAUGAUAACCUAAAUUCCAAGAUGCCGUCUGUUAUUAAAAUUCACACCUUAGUAGAGAGUUUGAAACUUUCUAUCACAGAUCAACAACUGCCUAUGUUUAUCCGUAUAAUGCAACUUGGGAUUGCUCUUUACUAUGGAGAAAUAGGCAAUGUUAAAGAUGGAGAAACUGAAGACUUUACCUGUCAUAAUAAAGAUACGUCAGGAAACAUAACAGGUGUUGAAGAUGAAACAAGAAUAGAUAUGCCUUAUCCUUCUCAGUUCAAAGGUCAAGAGUUGUAUUUACAGCAAGAGGAUGAACAGUCACAGGGAUGGGUAUCAUGGGCCUGGUCAUUUGUGCCUGCAAUUGUGAGUUAUGAUGAUGGUGAGGAAGACUACCUUGGAAAUGAUCCAACUUCAACUACGCAUCAGCAGAAAUCUCAGACUUUGAAGGAUCCUAUUGUUUCUAUAGGAUUUUACUGUACAAAGGCAACAGUGACUUUCAAACUCACUGAAAUGCAAGCGGAAAGUAGUUAUUAUAGUCCUCAGAAAGUAACAUCUAAAGAAGUAUUGUGUUGGGAACAAGAAGGAACCACAAUUGAGGCCCUUAUGAUGGGAGAGCCUUUCUUUGAUUGCCAGAUUGGUUUUGUAGGUUGCAGAGCCAUGUGCCUUAAAGGAAUUAUGGGUGUUAAAGAUUUUGAAGAGAAUAUGAAUAGGAGUGAAACCGAAGCCUGUUUCUUCAUUUGUGGUGAAAAUUUGAGUAUGAAAGGCUUGACAUACCUUACAAAUUCACUGUUUGAUUACCGAAGCCCAGAAAAUAAUGGUACUCGUGCAGAAUUUAUCUUGGAUGCAACUCAUCAUAAGGAGACAUAUACUGAGAUAGCUGGAAUGCAGAGGUUUGGGGCUUUCUACAUGGAUUACCUAUAUACAAUGGAAAACAACAGUGGCCAAGGUUCUGCAAAUCAACAAGACUUUUCUUUAGGAAAAAGUGAAGAUCUGGGAAUAGUUCAGGAGAAGUCUACCAAAAGCCUUGUUAUAGGUCCUCUUGAUUUUCGCUUGGAUAGCAGUGCAGUACAUAGAAUUUUGAAAAUGAUUGUUUGUGCCUUGGAACACGAAUAUGAACCAUAUAGUGGGCUAAAACCAGAUAUUAAAGAUGAAAAUGAAACAAUAAUGAGUGUGGAAGAAGUGGCAUCUUUGGAGGAGUAUAUUCCUACUCGACAUACAAGUAUUACUCUCCUCAAAUGUACCUGCACAAUAUUUAUGGCUGAAUUCAAUUUGUUGGAUCAUUUGCUACCUGUCAUUAUGGGAGAAAAGAACUCAAGUAACUUCAUGAAUACUACAAACUUCCAACCUCUUCGGCCUUUGCCAUCUAUUCAGAUAUUGGUGGAUAAAAUUAAUCUGGAACAUUCUGUGCCAAUGUAUGCUGAACGUUUGGUGCAAGUGGUCAGCAGCCUUACUCAACCUUCUGAUAACCUGCUUCAUUAUUGCUAUGCACACUGCUACCUUAAGAUAUUUGGUUUCCAGGCAGGACUGACGUCUUUGGAUUACAGGGGAUCUUACUGCUUACCUGUACCGAUUAUUCCCUCUUUCAGCACUGCUCUUUAUGUUAAACUUCUGAAACUACCCACAUGCUGGACGAAAAGAUCUCAGAUUGCUAUAACUGAAGGUAUAUUUGAACUUCCAAAUCUUACAAUUCAAGCUACAAGAGCACAGACACUUUUACUGCAAGCAAUAUAUCAAAGUUGGUCUCAUAUUGGAAGUGUCAGCUCUUCAGUAGUGAAUGAAGCUUUGAUGAAUGAAGUUUUCCAAACUAUAGGUGUGAAAUCUAAGAAUCCCCUGCCAACUCUUGAGGGCUCAAUCCAGAAUGUUGAAUUGAAGUACUGCAGCACAUCAUUGGUCAAAUGUGCCUCUGGGACCGUGGGAUCAAUAAAAAUUUGUGCCAAAGCCCCAGGUGAGAGUGGAAAAGAGAAAUUGAUUCCGUUGCUUCAAGGUCCUUCUGACACUAAAGACCUUCAUAGCAGCAAGUGGCUCAAUGAGAGUAGGAAGCCAGAGUCUCUCUUAGCUCCAGAUUUGAUAGCCUUCACAGUGCAAGUUCCCCAGUACAUGGACUACUGCCACAACUCUGGUGCUGUACUGCUUUGUAGUGUACAAGGACUAGCAGUUAAUAUUGAUCCAGUCUUAUACACCUGGCUCAUUUAUCAGCCUCAGAAACGAACCAGUAGGCAUAUGCAGCAGCAGCCUGUGAUUGCUGUUCCUCUUGUUAUGCCAAUGAGCAGAAGGAAAGAGGAUGAGGCAUCUGUUGGAAGUGCGCCCUUGGCAAAGCAGCAGUCAUAUCAGGCCUCUGAGUAUGCCAGCAGCCCUAUAAAAACAAAAACAGUAACAGAAUCCAGACCAUUGUCAGUUCCUGUGAAGGCCAUGCUGAGUAUAACUGAAGGCUGUAGAAGUCCUGAAGAAAGGAUGAAAGAAUUUAUUGGAGCAGUAUGGAAUGCUGUAAAGAGGCUUACACUGCAGCUUGAAGUACAGUCUUGUUGUGUGUUCAUUCCAAAUGAUAGCCUGCCUUCCCCAAGUACAAUUGUAUCUGGUGACAUCCCUGGAACAGUAAGAAGUUGGUACCACGGACAAACCAGCAUGCCAGGAACCCUUGUGCUCUGCUUGCCUCAAAUAAAGAUUAUUAGUGCUGGCCACAGGUGUAUGGAGCCUCUGCAGGAGAUUCCAUUUGUCAUCCCAAGACCCAUCCUUGAAGAAGGUGAUGCUUUUCCUUGGACUAUUAGCUUGCAUCAUUUCAGCGUAUAUACCCUUUUUGGAAAACAAGUGACACUUUGCCUAGUGGAUCCUAUGGGUUGUACCUCUACUCUAGCCGUGACAUCUCAAAAACUACUUGCAACAGCACCUGAUGCAAGACAUUCAUUUGUUGUCUGCCUCCAUGUUGACCUAGAGUCGCUUGAGAUAAAAUGCUCAAAUCCCCAGGUGCAGCUGUUGUAUGAGCUAACGGGCAUUAUGAGUAAAGUGUGGAGUAAGAUUCAGAAGAGAGGCAGCCUCAGUUCUUCAGCCUGUCCAGAGCCCACGGCCGGGCCUGUUCCUGGUUCCCCAGUGAGAAGCAGUGUGGGCACAGCUCCUCCAGACACCAGCACAUGCAGCCCAUCUGCUGACAUUGGAACUACUACUGAGGGAGAUUCUGUACAAGCAGGUGAUGAUUCACCAUUCUCCGAUUCUGUUACCUUGGAACAAACUACAAGUAACAUUGGUGGAUCCAGUGGACGUGUUAGUCUAUGGAUGCAGUGGGUACUGCCCAAAAUUACGAUAAAACUCUUUGCUCCAGAUCCUGAAAAUAAAGGCACAGAGCUUUGUAUGGUCAGUGAACUAGAAGACCUCAGUGCCUCCAUAGAUGUCCAGGAUGUAUAUACCAAAGUGAAAUGUAAAGUAGAAAGUUUCAAUAUUGAUCACUACAGAAGCAGGCCAGGGGAAGGUUGGCAGUCAGGACAUUUUGAAGGAGUAUUUCUACAGUGCAAAGAAAAACCUGUGACAACUACAAAACUUCUAGAUGGCUCUCAUCAGCAGCAUGGAUUUCUUUCUUUGACAUACACAAAAGCUGUAACAAAAAAUGUCCGCCACAAAUUAAUAUCAAGAAAUGAACGAAGAAGUUUUCAUAAGUUAUCUGAAGGUUUAACGGAUGGUUCCCCUCAUUUUCUUCAUGAAAUUCUUCUCUCAUCACAAGCGUUUGAUAUUGUCCUUUGUUUUCCUUUACUUAAUGCCAUUGCAAGUAUAUUUCAAGCAAAAUUACCAAGGACCCAAAAAGAGAAAAGAAAAUCUCCUGGUCAGCCCAUGAGGACCCAUACAGUGACUUCACGCAAUUUACCUUUGAUUUACAUCAACACGAGCGUAAUCAGAAUUUUUGUUCCAAAAACAGAAGAAAUGCAGCCACGCAUUGAAGUUAAUCAGGCAGCAAAAGAAGACACCAUGGUUUUGAAGAUUGGCUCGGUUGCUAUGGCUCCCCAGGCUGACAAUCCCCUCGGCAGAUCUGUCCUCAGGAAAGACAUUUACCAAAGAGCCUUGAACUUAGGAAUUCUUCGGGACCCUGGAUCAGAAAUUGAAGAUAGACAAUACCAAAUAGACCUGCAGUCCAUCAAUAUUGGCACUGCGCAGUGGGAUCAACUGAAACCAGAGAAGGAAACUGGCACAGGAGGGGUGCUAACAGAGAGCGAGAGAAAUUCUCAGAACCCAGCCCUGGAAUGGAACAUGGCCAGCAGCAUACGGCGACAUCAAGAAAGAAGAGCAAUCAUGACUCCCAUUUUAACAGAUUUUUCUGUCCGAAUAACUGGAGCACCUGCCAUCAUUUUCACCAAAAUAAUUUCUCCAGAAAAUAUGCACACUGAGGAGAUUUUAGUGUGUGGCCAUUCCUUGGAAGUGAAUAUAACCACAAACCUGGAUUUCUUCCUGAGUGUGGCUCAAGUUCAACUCUUACAUCAGUUAAUAGUAGCAAAUAUGACUGGACUGGAACCAUCAAGCAAGGCCACAGAGAUCUCUAAGCAAGAACAGAAAAAAAUGGAUACAUUUGACGGAAGCGUGGCUGACACCUCAUCUCGGUGCAGCGGUGCCCAGGACAGCGGCAUUGGCAGUGACAGUGUUAAAAUCAGAAUAGUGCAAAUAGAGCAGCACAGCGGUACCAGUCAGCACCGCAUCGCCCGUCCCUCUCACCAGUCAUCAAUUGUAAAAAACCUAAAUUUCAUUCCCUUUGACGUAUUUAUUACUGCAAGUAGGAUCUCACUAAUGACAUAUUCCUGUACGGCCUUACCCAAAUCGAAAUCUCAAGAACAGAAGGAUAAUGAAAAAACAGGCAAGAGCUCAUUAAAUCUCCCAGAAAAUGAUUCAGAUGUUACUAAAUCCAGCGAGGCAUGCAUUUCCACAGUAACAGCGGAAGAUCUCCUAAGCAGCAACGUGUCGUUUCCCUCGGGGAAGAAAAUAGGGGCCAUCUCUCUUGAAAGUCUUCAUGCAACUACACGGUCAUCUGCGAGACAGGCACUUGGUGUAACUAUCGUUCGGCAGCCGGGACGAAGAGGGGCCGGUAACUUGCAGCUAGAACCCUUUUUACACAUUAUUGUCUCCCAGCCGUCUUUGCUUCUGAGUUGUCACCACCGAAAGCAGCGAGUAGAAAUGACCAUUUUUGAUGCUGUGCUUAAAGGGGUAGCCUCCGAUUACAAAUGUUCAGAUCCUGGGAAGACUCUUCCUGAAGCCCUUGAUUACUGCACAGUUUGGCUACAGACGGUGCCUGGAGAAAUAGACAGCAAAAGUGGUAUUCCACCUUCCCUUGUAAUGCUACAAAUUAAAGACUUUCUUAAUGGACCAGCAGACAUCAACUUGGAUAUAUCAAAGCCUUUGAAAGCAAACCUGAGUUUUACCAAGCUGGAUCAGAUCACCCAUUUUUUAAAGAAGAUCAGAAGUGCACACGGCAACGAGACUUCGGCGCCGCCGGACACCGUGCGGCCUAAGGAUGAGCUUCCAGCCUCCAAGUGUUACCGUGGGAAGUUGUCGAAAUCCAAAGUUCAUGGCGAUGGAGCACGAAAGGUUCCAUGUCGAGAAAACGUGUGGAGAGCUGUUUCCUGCUUUCAAAAAAUUUCUGUCCAUACGACUCAGAUUGUGGUCGCCAUGGAAACUGUCCCCCAUCCUAACAAGCCUUGCCUGUUAGCAUCUUUGUCCACCCUCAGUGGAAGCCUGAAUGUUAAAGCGGCACAAAAAGUACCUGGUGUAAUUCUUGGGUCAUCAUUUCUACUCAGCGUAAAUGAUUUUCUCCUUAAAACAAGUCUUAGAGAAAGAAGCCGGAUUCUGAUAGGACCAUGUUGUGCGGCUGCCGAUGUGGAAGCUAGGUGGUGUAAACACAGUGGCAACCCAGGCCCAGAACAGUCCACACCCAAAAUAUCCAUAGAUUUGAGUGGGGGUCUGCUACAGGUUUUCUGGGGUCAAGAACAUUUGAAUUGUUUAGUUCUUCUACAUGAGUUACUCACUGGAUACCUUAAUGAGGAGAGAAAUGUUGAAGUUUCUGAAGCAGUGCCACAUGCGCCACCUCCUGUGGAAAAGAACCAGACAUUUAAAAGUGAACAAAGUUCCGAUGACCUGCGGACGGGUCUUUUUCAGUAUGUAAGAGAUGCUGAACCUUUGAAAAUGCCUGGUGUCUACGAAGUCUUCUUUUACAACGAAACCGAAGAUAGCCCGGGCAUGAUGCUGUGGAGAUAUCCAGAACCCAGGGUACUCACCCUCGUGCGGAUAACGCCUGUGCCCUUCAACACCACAGAGGAUCCGGAUAUUAGCACAGCAGACCUUGGUGAUAUGCUGCAGAUUCCUUGCAGUUUGGAAUACUGGGAUGAACUCCAGAAGGUUUUUGUUGCAUUUCGAGAAUUUAGUCUGUCUGAAAGCAAAGUUUGUGAACUGCAGUUGCCAGAUGUCAAUCUUGUGAAUGACCAGAAGAAACUGGUGUCCUCGGAUCUUUGGAGAAUUGUCUUGAACAGCAGUCAGAACGGAGCUGAUGACCAAAGCUCUGCAAGUGAAUCCGGUUCUCAGAGCACUUGCGACCAGCUUGUAACACCAACAGCCCUGGCUGCCUGCACCCGGGUGGACUCCUGCUUCACCCCGUGGUUUGUCCCAUCUCUCUGCAUUUCCCUCCAGUUGGCUCACCUGGAGUUCCAUCUUUGUCAUCACUUGGAUCAACUAGGCACAGCUCCGCCGCCCUACCUACAGCCAUUUGUUUCGGACAGAAACGUGCCACCUGAGCUGGAAUUCAUGGUCAUCUCCUUCCGAGAGCCACACCUGUGUCUCCGGCAGUGGAGCAGCAGUUCCGUCUGCCAGGAGAUCCAGUUCUCGGCCCGCGCAGACUGCAAGCUUCUGGAGUGCAGGAAUGUGACGAUGCAGAGCCUGGUGAAGCCCUUCAGCGUCUCUGGGCAGAUGGCCGUUUCCAGCGAGGCAGCAGGAAAGCGGCUCGACUGCACCGUCACCGUCGAUUCCAUGUUUGUGAACGUUGGGCAGCACGCGGUCCACUCCCUGACCACGGCAGUGCAAGCUUGGCAGCAGAACCAAUGCCCUGAGGUGGAGGAGCUGGUCUUCAGCCAUUUUGUGAUCUGUAACGACACCCAGGAGACGCUGCGGUUUGGCCAGGUGGACACUGAUGAGAACGUCCUGCUGGCGCGCCUCCGCCGUCACCAGUACAGCUGGCGCUCGCACAGGUCCCCACAGCUGUUACACAUCUGUAUCGAAGGCUGGGGCAAUUGGCGUUGGUCAGAGCCCUUCAGCGUGGACCAUGCCGGGACUUUUAUUAGAACUAUUCAGUACAAGGGUCGAACUGCUUCACUCAUCAUCAAGGUUCAGCAACUCAGUGGAGUGCAAAAACAGAUUAUCAUCUGUGGAAGACAGAUCAUCUGUAGUUACUUGUCUCAAAGCAUAGAACUGAAAGUCGUUCAGCAUUACAUUGGUCACGACGGACAAGCUGUGGUUCGAGAACAUUUUGACUGCCUCACAGCCAAGCAGAAGUUGCCUUCCUACAUCCUGGAAAACAGUGAGCUGACAGAGCUGUGUGUGAAGGCCAAAGGAGAUGAAGACUGGUCGAGGGACGUGUGCCUGGAGUCCACCGCCCCCGAGCACAGCAUUGUCAUCCAGGUGCCAUCUUCAAACAGCUCCAUUAUUUACGUCUGGUGCACUGUUCUGACUUUGGAACCCAACUCUCAAGUGCAACAGCGAAUGAUUGUGUUCAGCCCUCUUUUUAUCAUGAGGAGUCAUCUUCCAGACCCCAUUAUCAUACAUUUGGAGAAAAGGAGUCUGGGAUUGAGUGAAACACAAAUUAUUCCAGGAAAGGGGCAGGAGAAACCGCUGCAAAACGUAGAACCUGACCUUGUGCAUCACCUAACAUUUCAAGCAAGAGAAGAAGAUGAUCCGUCCCAUUGCGCUGUUCCCAUCUCAACGUGCCUCAUUAAGCAGAUAGCCACGAAGGCGCACCCGGGAGGCUCCGUGCACCAGGUCCUUGAUGACUUCUACGGGCCAGAGAAGUCCCUUCACCCCCCGUGGCCCUAUACCAGGAAGGAUACUGACAGGAACGAGCAGCUCAGUCAGUGGGACAGCCCGAUGCGCGUGAAGCUGUCAGUCUGGAAGCCACAUGUGAGGACCUUGCUGAUAGAGCUGCUCCCCUGGGCCCUGCUGACCAAUCAGUCCCAGUGGGACCUCUGGCUGUUUGAAGGAGAGAAGAUUGUUCUGCAGGUUCCUGCUGGCAAAAUCAUUAUUCCUCCUAAUUUUCAGGAAGCUUUUCAAAUUGGAAUAUACUGGGCAAAUACAAACACUGUGCACAAGUCAGGAGCAGUUAAACUGGUUCAUAACCUGACCUCUCCAAAGUGGAAGGACGGAGGGAACGGCGAGGUUGUGUCACUGGACGAAGAAGGGUUUGUUGACGCCGAAAUAAGACUUGGCGCUUUCCCAGGACAUCAGAAGUUGUGUCAGUUCUGCAUUUCCUCCAUGGUACAGCAGGGUAUACAGAUCAUUCAGAUUGAAGACAAGACUACAGUGAUCAAUAAUACCCCAUAUCAAAUAUUCUAUAAACCACAGUUAUCUGUCUCCAAGCCCCAUUCUGAAAUAGAGUAUUUUCACGUUCCCGACAGCACGACCUUCAGCCUUUGCCCAGGGGGCGAGCAGCCUGCGGUGCACUGCAGCUCCCUUCCUUGCUGGGACUUAAUGCCUGACCUCAGUCAGUCCGCGCUGGAAGCAUCUCUGCUUCAGAAACAGAUCUCCCUGGCCUUCUCUCCGGCCACAGGUGCCGACAGCGCCCAGUGCUGGAGCCUGCCGGCCGUGGUCCGACCGGAGUUCCCCCGGCAGAGUGUGGCAGUGCCCUCCGGGAGCCGCGGGGAAGACGGGUUCUGUACCAGGGCUAUUGCACUGACAUAUCAAGAACACUUUGGAGUGACUUAUUUAACCUUCUCGGAAGACCCUAGUCCUCGAAUAAUUUUCCACAACAGAUGUCCAGUAACAAUCGUGAUAAAGGAAAAUAUUAAAGAUAUUCCAAAGUUUGAGGUUUAUUGCAGAAAAGUCCCUUCUGAGUGCUCAGUCCAUCAUGAGCUUUAUCAUCAGAUUUCCAGCUACCCAGACUGCAAGACCAGAGACCUCCUCCCCAGCCUCCUGUUGAGGGUGGAACUCCAGGAGGAAAUGCCGACCGAGUGGAGCGAUGCCAUCGACAUCAACAGUGAGGGAACGCAGGUUGUGUUCCUGACUGGCUUUGGCUAUGUGUACGUGGACAUUGUCCAUCAAUGUGGCUCCAUCUUCAUCACUGUGGCCCCAGAAGGAAAAGCAGGACCUAUUGUAACCAAUACCAACAAAACUCGGGCGAGGACUGUGGCCGUGAAGAUGUUCCUCACCCGGCUGAGCCUGGCCGUGUUUGACGACCUCACCCACCACAGCGCCUCCUCGGAGCUGCUGAGGCUCACGCUGGACAGUGUCUUUCUCCACGUGGCCCCGGCGGCGGGCCCCCUCCCCGGGGAGGAGCCCGGCGCGGCGCCCUCCCCGCUGUACUGUGUGGAGGUCUGCUGUGGGGACCUGCAGGUGGACAACCAGCUGUACCACAAGUCCAACUUCCACUUCGCCGUCCUGGUCUGCCAGGGAGAGAGGCCGGAGCCUGCCCAGGGUCCCAGCACGCAGAGCCUCCUCGCGUCCAGCAGCGAUCUGGAGGAUUACCGGAGGAAGUGCUUCAUCCGCCUGGGCCUCACCUUCACCGAGGGCGAGAGCUGCUUCUGUGACGUGAACGAGCUCAGCUUUGAGCUGAAACCUGCCCGGCUGUACGUGGAAGACACGUUUGUGUACUACAUCAAAACCUUGUUUGAGACCUACCUUCCUCACAGCAGCCUGGCCGGGCCCCCCACCCUGUCCCCGGGGGGCACCCAGGCUCUGCCCGUGCAGGUGAGGCAGCACGCCCGGGCCCUGGUGAACCCUGUGAAGCUGCGGAAACUGGUGAUCCUGCCCGUGAGUCUCCUCGUCAGCAUCCACGCCUCCCUCAAGCUGUACAUAGCCUCCGACCACACCCCGCUCUCCUUCUCCGUGUUCGAGCGGGGCCCCGUCUUCACCACGGCCCGGCAGCUCAUCCACGCCCUGGCCAUGCACUACGCCUCGGGGGCUCUCUUCAGAGCAGGCUGGGUGGUUGGAUCCCUGGAAAUCCUCGGCAGCCCGGCCAGCCUGGUGCGCAGCGUGGGCAACGGCGUGGCCGACUUCUUCCGGCUCCCGUACGAGGGCCUGACCCGCGGCCCCGGGGCCUUCGUGAGCGGCGUCUCCCGCGGGACCACGUCCUUUGUGAAGCACAUUUCCAAAGGUACCCUCACCUCCAUCACCAACCUGGCCACCAGCCUGGCCCGAAACAUGGACCGGCUGUCCCUCGACGAGGAGCACUACAACCGGCAGGAGGAGUGGCGGCGGCAGCUCCCGGAGAGCCUGGGCGAGGGGCUCCGACUGGGCCUGUCCCGGCUGGGCAUCAGCCUGCUCGGUGCAAUUGCUGGCAUAGUCGAUCAGCCAAUGCAGAACUUCCAGAAAACAUCCGAUGCUCAGGCUUCAGCAGGACACAAGGCCAAGGGCGUGAUCUCAGGCGUGGGGAAAGGAAUCAUGGGGGUGUUCACAAAACCCAUCGGAGGAGCUGCCGAGCUCGUGUCGCAGACUGGCUACGGCAUUUUACACGGAGCUGGACUUUCUCAGCUUCCCAAACAGCGCUACCAGCCAAGUGAGCUACAUGCUGCCCAGGCUCCAAACAGCCACGUCAAAUACGUCUGGAAGAUGCUUCAGUCUCUGGGCAGACCUGAAGUCCACAUGGCCCUGGACGUGGUUCUGGUGAGGGGCUCUGGCCAGGAGCACGAAGGGUGCCUGCUGCUGACGUCAGAAGUGCUGUUCGUAGUGAGUGUCAGCGAGGACACGCAGCAGCAGGCCUUCCCCAUCACAGAGAUCGACUGCACACAGGACAGCACGCAAAACAACCUGCUCAUCCUGCAGCUCAAGCAGCCAAGAGCGGCCUGUGAUGUGGAGGUGGAUCGAGUCCGAGAAAGACUGUCAGAGCAGCAGUACAACAGGCUUGUGGACUACAUCACCAAGACAUCGUGCCACCUGGCCCCCAGCUGCUCGUCCAUGCAGACCCCAGCAUGCCCUGUGGUGCCCGUGGAACCUCUCCCCGCCAACGUGAAAACAUACCAUUACCUGGUGGACCCGCGUUUUGCUCAGGUCUUCAUUAGUAAGUUCACCAUGGUGAAAAACAGAGCCCUGAGGAAAGGGUUCCCGUGAGUCCCUCCUCUGAGGGCCUGAUUCCUGCUCACGAAGCGUGUUUUUCAGUAAGAAACCUAAAUAGCUCUUAGGGACACAAGGCCAACACCUUUCUACAGUACAGUAACUUUUUGGCCUCUUCUAAAAUUAACUUCGAUUUCUCCUCCCUAAAACUAAGAUACUUGAAUAAAAUGGAGUGAAAAAACUUUUUCCAUUUGGGGACAGUUGACUAACAGAAUCCUGGGGGUUUGCAGUCUUACCACAGUUGGAAAUACAUUCCUUUUUGCUCUAUAAUAUUUGCUUACAAUUUCUACUAUAAUUAAGGACCUGUUAACACUCAGCUAAUGUACAAAGUGGUCAGGCUUAGAAUGGAGAGACAUUAAAACUUCAUUUCUAAUGA